UGAGGAGUGAGCGUGAUUUUGUAAUUGGUGACUCGAUGAGUGUCUUUAGUUGAAUGAUUUUUGGUUUGAGUUUAAAAUUACGGUAAAAAAAAAAUAUUGAUUAUUUAUUAACUUAUGGGAAGUGCCUUACAAUGUGGGAUCCAAAGAAGACCAAAGAAAAGCAGUACUCAUAAACUGGUUGCUCAAAAAUACUUGGGAAAAUGUAAACAUUGAAAUUAGAGUGUGUAGUUGAACAAUUUGAACUGGAUAUGCUUACUCUGAUUUUCAAGGACUUGGCUUCCAGAUAGAGCAAUUCAUUGUUAAGUAGAGAUACAUUCAAUACCUUCUUUUAAAUAAUAGUUUGUAGCAUAUAGAUUAUUAAUGUAGGGAUUUUGGGGAGAACAAAUAUUUAAUAAGUUCACAAACAAGCAGGAAGACUAUAUGAAUUUUGACGAGUUUUUGGCAGGAAUGGAAAUGUACAUCAAGUGCUCGGAUGAAUAGCGAAUAGUGAAUUUAUUUCAGCUUUAUGAUUUACAAAACUAGAAAGGAAUAGCAAAAAGUGACUUUUUGUAGAUGGUAUGAUAAGUGUUUGAUAGAAAUAGAUGCAGAAUUAUCCCCAAUACGAAUUAAAGAAGAUAUGUGAAGAUUAGCUAUUUUUAGAUGAAUCUUUAAUUAUAGAUGAUUUUGGUAAUCGUCGUAAGCAUCGUCAUAGAAAGUAUAAGAAUAGUGCAGAUCUAUUGGAAUUGUCAGGUAUAUCUAAAUGAAUAAUGAAAAAGUGUAACCAUUUCGAAAACAGAGCUAGAAUAUUUCAGAGUAGUAAUUCGACAGUUCCAAUAAAAUAAUCUCAGAAGGUUAAUAGAGUUGUUUUUCCAAGUAAUCAGAUGCCCUCUUUGUAUAAGACAGUAUGAUCUAGGAAAAUGGAACAACGCAAAAACGAUUUGGAUUGUUAAUAACAGCUUAAGUAUACAAUAUAAAUAAAGUAGGUUGACGGUUAAAAGAUAGAGAUGUGUGUGAAUCAAAGUGUAUUGAUUAAGAAAUACGUAGACUUGGUGUAUAAGAAUAAGCACGAUUAAUUAUUGUCAUUGCAAGAAUUCUAGGCAUUUAUUGCGAAACAUCCCAACUUAAUCCAACCUCUUUAUGCAGCAUUUAACUAUAACAUCUGGGGGAUCACAGAUAAACAGCCCAACUAUAAAUAACUGUAAGAAUGCGAUGAAUACAAAAUAGAAUGUUAAUAAUGUCAGGAGACUUAUAUCGAAUCUCAAAGAAAAAGGAAGUAAAGCAGAAGCAUUGCGAACUUUAUCCCCAUGUGCUUUUGGAGUAUAGUAAAAAAGGAGAAGGUCCUUCAAAGGUGAUUUGUUUGUAGGGUUUGAUAAUAGAGGAAAAGGUACACCAAUAGGUUUAGAAGUAUGGAUUUGAAGUGAUGCACGUUGGGAAAUAGUACAAGGUUAAGAGUUACGAGUGUUCCGAUGAUAAGCAAUUUAGAUUGUGGUAGAAUGCAUUGCAAGCUUACAACAAGUAAUUAUUAGAGUAUUAUUGGAGUGGCGAGAUAAGUAAGAAGUACUCCAUUUUGGAGAAGAUUGGACAGGGCCAAUCAUCCAUGGUGUAUAAGUGUUAGGACAAACAGACAAAGGAGACCUACGCUUUGAAGAUCAUCAAUAAACAAUAGAUCUCAUAAAAUUAAGCAGAUGCUAUAAAGCAUGAGGUGGAAAUCAUGAAGUUGAUCAACCAUCCGUAUAUCGUAAGAUUGGUGGAGAGUUUUGAGAAUAAGAGUCACAUCUAUUUAGUUACAGAAUUGAUAAAGGACGGAGAUCUCUAUGAUUAUGUGGAGGAGAAGAAGUAUUUGGCCGAGGAAGAGGCUGCCUUGGUAUUGUCUUAGUUGAUUGACGCCUUGGAGUCUAUUCAACAAAUGGGAAUUGUACAUCGUGAUAUCAAACCAGAGAACAUUAUGAUAGUGUUGAAUUAGAACACCAUCAAACAGGUGAAGAUAAUUGAUUUCGGAUUCGCCAAUUAUUUAUCCAUUUUGAAUGAGAGGAAGGAGAACUUCGAAUGUGGGACCAUGAAUUACAUUGCGCCUGAAGUGUAUCAGUAAUGCAAAGAGUUGACAUCCAAAAUUGAUAACUUUGCCUUGGGAGGAGUGCUGUAUUUCAUGCUCUGUGGUUAUGCACCUUUCUAUUCAGAAAUAGUCUUGGAAAUCAAAGAGAAUAUCAUUGAUGGCAAUUACGAUAUUCAAGAUGAGUUCUGGCAAUGUGUAAAUGAUGAUGUGAAAGAACUCAUCGCUGGAUUAUUUGAAGUAGAUCCACUCAAAAGAUUUUCACUCCAAUAAGUGAAGGAGCAUAUUUGGAUGAAGAAAUUUUUGGAGAAACGCAAAUCGAAAAAGAAAUGAUAUUAUCUACAAAUUCACAUUUUG